UUAACUUUUAAGGUUAUAUUUAUAUUUGGAAGGGAAUCCCUAUCCUAUCGAAUUUGUGUUUUUGGUUCUGUUUACAAUUAAGAGGAAACAUCCCCAAAUUACUAAAUAACAAAUAUCCCAAGAAAAAUUUAACUAAACAAUGUCAAAGUUUAAAGGUAACAGGUCAAAGAGAAAUAAGCCAGCAGUAGGGGCGCAGUCAAAAGAUGUUCUGGAUAGUCUGGAUGAGAAUAAUCCUGUAAUUCAAAUGUUUAAACGAUUUGCUGAAGAGCUGGAUGACCGGCAUGAUCGUCAUGAGAGAAUUGUGAAACUAAGUAGAGAUAUUACAAUAGAAUCCAAAAGGAUUAUAUUUUUGCUUCAUAAUACCUCUACAGAUGUUGAGUCAAAACGAGAUUCCAUACUAAAAGAAGCCAAACUGAGACUCGAAAACCUUUGUGCUAACAACUUUAAAUCGAUAGCUCUGGAACUUCAAAAUCACGACCCAUAUCUCUACCAUCGAGCAUUUACCAGUGGAAUGCAAGAGUUUAUUGAAGCCCUUUGCCUCUAUCAGUACAUCAGUAACGAUAAGAUUGAAAGUUGGGAAUGCAUCAACGACCAAUAUUUUCAAUAUGAAAAUGCCAACGAUAUGUUAUUAAAUUUAUUGUUCACACAAUACGAUUUUGUGUUGGGAAUUGCCGAUCUUACUGGGGAAUUGAUGAGGAAGUGCAUCAAUACUUUAGGAACUGGAAAUGUUAGUGAUUGUUUUAAUAUUUGUAAUUUUGUUAGGGCCAUUAACACUGGAUUUUUGGGUCUGUCGUAUUCUGGCAACAAAGAAAUAUCUCGAAAAGCGUAUGUUUUAAGGCAGAGUCUUUCUAAAAUGGAACUCGUUUGCUAUAAUAUACAAAUAAGGGGCAGUGAGGUGCCAAAACAUAUGCUUUUGAGUGUGAUUGAGUCUCAGGCUGCCGAAAAUGAUGCUGAUGAAGGAUUUUGUCUCUAAAAUAUUAGAAUUUUUAAAUAUAAGUUAUAUAUUAGGUUUUUCAGUUAGUUUGGCUUCAAUGUUGUCUGUACUUCAGUGUGCAUUAGGAGUAAAAUAUUUUACUUAUUUAUUUGAAAUAAAUAUUGUCUUUUUUCAA